AUGUCUACCCAAGCUGCCGCUCCUGCGACACAGGGCCAGCAACGAGAGGAAGAGUCUACUUUCCGAAAAAUAUUAGGCGUCGCACAGCAAGCCUUCAUCUUCUGGACAAUAUCCCAACUAGCGUCCAAGUAUCUAUUCAGCGCUGGCCCCAAAACCUCCACACCCGCGCAACCUGCAACCACGGGUAGCGAUGGCGCGCCGGUCGAAGCCAUAGACCCACGUCUUCUACCUCCGGUCAAUGUGAAUCUUGCGGCAGGCUGGGGCCUGGGCCAAGAAUUCGCCAUGCACGUCUAUUUUACGACAACACCAUUGCGGGAAGACGAGUUCUCUUCAAAAUGGUUGUCGGCCUACUCUGGACUGCCCAAUUUCGUAUGGGAGAAUAUUACGUUUGGAGACUAUAAUGAUGCCAGGGUGGUUAGCCUGGAUGUGAACUUUCCAUUGAGUGUACGCCAUAAUGGAUCUUUGUGGGCGGACGUCUAUCUCUCUAAGAACGGUGCCAACCCCAAUCCGAACCACGAAAAAUUCAACGCUAACGACAUUCACCAUACCCGCAAACUUCUUACGCCAUAUCUCCCUCGAACUAAGAUAAGGAGAGUGAAGAGCCUUUUGAGCUCCAACACCACAGAGGAACUUGAGGAGGAAGAACCAGAUGUGAUAAUUCCUCACUGGAGUCCUAAUGUUACAUUAGCCCUCGUAUCUGAUGAUGUUGCGCUGCCUUAUGGGACCCUUCCACCGCCCUUGCGCGAGCACAUUCAACUCGUUCCUGAAUCCCGAGAUCAAACAGGGCGUGUUGGUUUCUACAAGCCUAUCGUCUUUCCCAAUGAAUUCUGGCAUCUUCGAGCCCAUUAUAUCGAAAUCAACUCUACGACGACCUCGCUUCCUGUGCAAAUCGUAUUUCAGCCUAUGUCGUACUUCAAGUUCCAGAUAUUCGCUAGCAUGACUCAUGGCUUUGCGGAGGCUGCGAAGCAGCAAGGUGGUGCCGGUUCGGCGGAGCUGGACGAGGUCAAACGGAUGCUAUUGGAAACCAAUCCUUGGUUCCUUGCGUUGACGGGUUUGGUCAGUGUGCUGCAUAUGGUGUUUGAAAUGCUCGCGUUCAAAUCGGAUGUCUCGCAUUGGAGACAAAAGAAGGAAAUGGUCGGAGUAUCCGUGCGGACGAUCAUCACCAACGUUUUCGUCCAAAUUGUCAUUCUCCUUUAUCUUAUCGACAACAAUGAGAACACGAGCUGGAUGAUCCUAUUUGGUUCUGGCAUGGGCGUUUUGAUAGAAGCUUGGAAGAUCACCAAGGCCGUCGAUAUCAGCGUGGUACCAUCGACAGGCUCUGUGAUCCCAUACAAGCUGGAUAUCAAAGACAAGCACGUGUUGAGUGAAGAUGAGAAGAAAACACAAGAAUAUGACAAACUUGCGUUCCGCUAUGUGUCCUACGUGACAAUCCCGCUGCUCGCAGGCUAUACCGUCUACUCUCUAGUUUACGAAUCACAUCGUGGCUGGUACAGCUUCAUCAUCUCGACGCUUACGUCAUUCGUCUAUAUGUUUGGCUUCGCCCAGCUCGUACCUCAAUUGAUUAUCAACUACAAGCUGAAGAGUGUUGCACAUAUGCCCAUGAAAGCCAUGAUCUAUAAAACACUCUCCACCGUAGUGGAUGACUUCUUCGCAUUCUGCAUCAAAAUGCCUUUCCUCCACCGCCUAGCCUGUUUCCGGGACGACGUCGUGUUCCUAAUCUUCUUGUACCAGCGAUGGAUAUAUCGCAUCGAUCCAAAGCGCAUCAACGAAUAUGGACAAGUUCUCGCAGGAGACGUCGACAAAGCCGAUGCCCAGGGUGAGACGAAGAAGACACGGUAG